AUGUCGGAAGUACGCCAAGUUGUCUUCGUCGAAGACAACUUCGAUCCACUGGAGGUGUUCCUUGCACACAGCAAAGUCUGGAAGCCCGACGUGGUAUUUGAAGCGUUAACUCCCUAUCAUCCUCACAACGACGCUCAGGCUAGAGCAGGAUUCAAAUGCCACAAUAUUUUCAUGUUCAACAGCGGAUUUAACUGUUGGGUCUACGCGAUUGUCGAACAGCGAGUGUCUAAUUCCACGGAGACAAACACGAUCACAAUGAAUUCGCUGUUCAAUGUCGAUUUGACGGUGAAGUUCAAGAAAGGAGACGGCUGGAAGAAGGGCACAUUGCCAUUCACAAAUGUUGGCGUGGUGGAUGUCAUCGAGUGCGUGGUCAACAAUGGAACUCGGGCCUUCGUCGCUGCCUUGUGUAUUCUCGUUGAUUUUAAAUGGCGUAGGGUGCAGUACACCAACCCGCGCCCCGACAAAUGGUUCGAACGCCCUGCCGCAGAUAUCAAGGCAGGUCUCACCAUCGAGCUAGCAUCGGAAUUCGAUCGGUUCAACAUGCCUUUCAGGUACUCUGACUCCGGUCCUGAUCCUCACUACUACGCGGGGACUGAAUACGCCAUUCGCAAUUCAGCACGUAAAAACGGGUUUGUCAAAGUGAAUUUGGUAGAGAAAUUCUCUCCUGAUAAGUCCCUCGUUCUAUAUGAGGAUCUCUAUCUUCGAAAGUCAGCCAGCGGUUGGGUCUAUGUUCGCUUCACAGUCAUGAAUACAGACACUAGAUGGCCUUUGACGACCAAUACACCAUUUACCAUGGAGUUGAUGAUCGAAAAGGGGACUGAAGAACAAAAGUUCAUGGCAAAGCCGUACCACGUUGAUACUACGGCCAUCUAUCCUUGGGCGGUCCGCACGGUAGCUGGCUGCAGCCUCGCUUUCUUCGGUUUAUCACUUCCUCAACGCGAUGCCUAUGAAAUUCGUUUCUUUGAGGAGGCUUUCGAAGACAUGACUUCGGUGGAGGUUCAUUAUAUCUUGACACGGCAGAGUUUGGCGUGA